AUGGCUGCCGUUGUCUUGGCAACGGCGGGCUAUGACCACAAAAUUCGAUUCUGGGAGGCAUCCUCACGCGUUUGCACAAGAAUCGUUCGUUAUCCAGACUCGCAAGUCAACUGCUUAGCCAUCUCGCAAGAUAAACUUUAUAUGGCUGCUGGUGGGCAUCCACAUGUUCGUAUUUUUGACGUUGCAAACCCUUCGAAUUCAUCGCCAAUUGCUGAAUUCUCACAUUGCGGGAAUGUGACAGCGGUUGGCUUUCAGCAUGACAGAAGUUGGAUGUUCUCGGGAUCAGAGGACGGUACAGUGAAGAUCUGGGAUCUGCGGGCACCACCGCGAUGCCAGCGGACUUACGAGAUGUUGGGUGCAGACGGCCGACCAUCUGCCUGUACGUCAGUAACUUUACAUCCGAGACAGAGUGAACUGGUCACGGGUGACCAUGCGGGACUUGUCCGCGUGUGGGAUCUUGCUGCAGACAAAUGUUCCGCCGAAUUAAGACCAACUGACGGGGAGUUGUCACCUAUCCGAUCAGUUGCUAUCGCUUCUGAUGGAAGCAGUCUCGUUGCGGGCACAAAUGACGCGAAUUUGUAUGCGUGGAGGCCGUCUGGAUCCAAGCACUUUGAGCUUGAGCAUGCAGCGCACGAAGAUGGUUCAGGGCAUACGUGUAUUUUAAAGUGCUCGAUAUCACCAGAUGCGCAACUUCUGGUCACCACAUCCUCUGACAAGACGGCCAAAGUUUGGUCGAUUGCCCGUGGUUGGACCCUGGAGAAGACACUAGCCCAGCAUCAACGUUGGGUUUGGGACGCCUCCUUUUCCGCCGACUCGGCUUAUCUUGUGACUGCAUCCUCUGAUCACUCGGCGCGCCUUUGGGACCUUCAGUCGGGCGCAGCGAUUCGCUACUACUCUGGACACUCCCUUGCUGUGACAUGCUGCGCUCUCAAUGACUCCUCGACGUAG